UCAACUCUGUAAGAUGAAUUACUUGAUUAUUCAGAGAAUAACAAGAAUUAUAAAUGUAUUCUCCAAUUAUAAUCAAUCAUAAUCCUUUAUCAACAUUUUUUUUUAUAAUCAAUCAUACUGCAUGUGUUAUUUACACUGAAACAGAAAAAUCAAUAUAAAUCAUUUAGAACGGGCCAGUUGCAUAGGAUCCAGGGAAGGCCCAAAGGAGAAGGAGGUGGGGAUGGUUGGGUUUAUAAAUAUAAAAACCUAAGGGGACGUGGUCAUCCUCCUCUACUACGUUCGUUUACUCUUGAGCGGCACUCGGAAUCAGUCAGGAAACACUUUGCUUUGCUUUGCUAUGGCUCCUCGUGCGGAUCAUUCUCUUCCCAAGCCUUGGGAACGCCUUGUCGAUGAAUCCGGCUACUAUUUCUAUUGGAACCCUGAGACCGAUGAAACUCAGUAUGAGCGACCUACUGGCCCUCCACCUCGCAACGUUGCUCAAGGUUCAUGUACCAUCGAGUUUGACGGUGCUUCCAGAGGAAACCCAGGAAGAGCAUGUGCAGGAGCCGUUCUCCGUGCUUCAGAUAAUACUGUGCUCUUCUAUCUUCGCGAGGGUUUAGGCUUUGCUACAAACAACGUUGCUGAGUAUCGAGCUCUCAUUCUUGGCCUCGAGUGUGCUCUUAGCAAAGGCUUUAGGAACGUGCGCGUCCAGGGAGAUUCAAUGCUUGUCUGUAUGCAGGUUCAAGGUGCAUGGAGAGUCCAAGACCCGAAAAUGGCUCAGCUUUGUGGACAAGCAAAGGAGCUUAUGAGUCAGUUUACCUCAUUCCACAUUCAACACGUUGGCAGGGAACUCAAUUCCGAGGCUGAUGCUCAAGCUAACCAUGCGAUCAAUCUGGCAGAGAAUGAAACGGAAGAGAUUGCAGGCGGCUUUAGAAGAAGGAUAUACUAAUAUCCAAGUGGAGUAAUAUGCAUAUUAUUCCUGUUUUCUUGUUUUUGGGAUCAUGUCUUUUAGCAUGUUAUGUGUUAACAUAAACAUGAACACGAUGAUGAACAUGCUCUUCUCUCUCUCUUUUGCUUUGCCCCACCGCAAUUUGACUUCCCAAGAACAUGUCUAUGUCGUCUACCACUUCUUAUUCUAAUCAAUAAGUUUUCCAUAUAAUACUGUUUUCUUCAUCGUU